CUGUGUUUGUUUGAGAGUUGUAAAGGGCAGGCUGACUAGUGUCGUGAUAUACGUGCAGUGUUAUUGUAAGCUAUGGGGUGACUUAUGCCGCUAUUGAGCUAUACCGGGAAGGUAAAAUAGCAUACGUUCAUAAAUUGCAUAAAUCCACAUCGAACGCCGAUUGUCAUAUGCUGGGAAUGCAAUUGAAAGCCUUUGUUCUACCCCCAUCAACGGAAUGGUCUCGCCCAAAGACCCUCCGGCACUGAUUGAGCCAAUACGGCUAUUACGAGCUGAAUAUUUUUGUGUCAAUAGUCUACAGUAAGUAGUAACAUACAUUGUCAUAAUCGUUAGCACUUGGAGACGAACAGAGAGAGAGAGAGAGAGAGAGAGAGAGAGAGAGAGAGGCCGAGAGGCAGAGAUAAGUGUCCCACAAGCGUCAGCUCAACGAGCGGAUGAACGAGCGAUGCACUGGCAGUGCAGUGCAGGAUUUACAAGGGUUCUUUGUCCACGUGCGUAGGUCGGCUGGCCCGUCUUUAUCAGCACGCGAGCAGUGGCUGCAGGCAUCCUUGAGAGGGUCCUUCAACGUCCCCGCCGCCGCCGCCGCCGCCGCCGCCGCCACCACCGCAGCUUUGAAUGCGGCCGGGAGACGCUGGUCCGAGGCACAGAUGACCCACCGGGACGCCUGGAGAGUCCCGGCAGGGGAAGCUAACUAAGGGGUGGGGGGGAGCGUUGGAGAGAGAGAGAGAGAGAGAGAGAGAGAGAGAGAGAGAGAGAGAGAGAGAGAGAGAGAGAGAGAGAGAGAGAGAGAGAGAGAGAGAGAGAGAGAGAGAGAGAGAGAGAGAGAGAGAGAGAGAGAGAGAGAGAGAGAGAGAGAGAGAGAGAGAGAGAGAGAGAGAGAGAGAGAGAGAGAGAGAGAGAGAGAGAGAGAGAGCGUGGUGGGGCCGCUGUGAUCGGCUUUGAAGGCCCACCCGCAAAGUGUGGCAGCCAGGUCGGCCUUUAAUCCCCUGGGCCCGGAGAUGCCCUCCCCCCUCACUGAUGGAGAGGGUCCCGGGGCGUCCCCCCUGAACGGGUCGGGCGGCCCCUUCAAGCCCAGCGGGACGAGGAAGAACCUCAAGAAGAAGAAGAAGGGCACCAUCACGGCCAACGUGGCCGGCACCAAAUACGAGAUUGUUCGUAUAGCCAUCAAGGAGAUGGGCUACCUCAAGACCAGGCACGAGGACGAGACGGCCAACCUCAUCUGGUGCGACUCGGCUGUGCAGCACGAGAAGAUCGCUGAGCUCAGGAACUACCAGAGAAUUAACCAUUUCCCUGGCAUGGGCGAAAUCUGCCGCAAAGACUGUCUGGCCAGAAACAUGUCCAAGAUGAUCAAGUGCCAGCCUCAAGAGUACGGCUUCAUCCCCAAGACCUGGAUCUUCCCGGCCGAGUACACCCAGUUCCAGAACUACGUCAAGGAGCUGCGGCGCAAACGCAAGCAGAAGACCUUCAUCGUCAAGCCCGCCAACGGCGCCAUGGGCCACGGAAUCUCGCUGAUCCGGAACUGCGAGAAGCUGCCAGCCCAGGAGCACUACAUCGUGCAGGAGUACCUGGACAAGCCCUUCCUCAUGGAGGGCUACAAGUUUGACCUGCGCAUCUACAUCCUGGUCACCUCCUGCGACCCGCUGCGCAUCUACCUGUACGACGACGGGCUGGUGCGCAUGGGCACCGAGAAGUACCACGCGCCCAGCGAGGCCAACCUGAGCCAGCUCUACAUGCACCUGACCAAUUACUCGGUCAACAAACACAACGAGAACUUUGAGCGCGACGAGACCGCGGACAAGGGCAGCAAGCGCUCCAUCGGCUGGUUCACCGAGUUCCUCCGUGCCAACCAUCACGACGUGGCCAAGUUCUGGGGCGAUGUUUCUGAGCUGGUGGUCAAGACCUUGAUUGUAGCCGAGCCCCACGUUCUGCAUGCGUACCGCAUGUGUCGCCCCGGACAGCCACCAGGGAGCGACAGUGUCUGCUUCGAGGUGCUGGGCUUUGACAUCAUCCUCGACCGCAAGCUCAAACCGUGGUUACUUGAGGUAAGGCUCAAUUCUCCCCACUGUGUGUGUUUGAUUGUUUGUGUGUGUGUGUGUGUACGGUGUGUUUGUUUGAUUGUGUGUGUGUGAUUGAUUGUGUAUGUGCGUGCGCAUGUAUGUAUGUGUGUGUGUGUUAAUGCAUUCGAGCUUCUGACUGUGAGAUCGAGUUUAUGGGAGAACACAAAAAAUGCUUUAUUUAUGUUUGUGUGUGUGUGUGUGUGUAUGUGUGCCUGUGUGGUAUUUGGAAUAGUGGAAGGUGGAAUAGUCGUCUCUGUAGAGCCAUCCGGGACGACCCAAUCUCUUUUGCACAUUGUUUGCAUUGUUAUUUUUCCCUCAUUUCUAUUUCAAUAGCAUUGUCUCCAAGUAUGCUAUUCUAAAAUAUUCAUAACGUCAGUGUCUUUAGUUUUCUUAUAUGAAAAUAACCCCCCCUCCCCAAUUAAAAAUCAUAAUCACAAAUAAAUAUAAAAUGAUUGAUGUGUUUAUUUAACACACAAGUAGGCUGUGUGUGUGUGUGUGUGUGUGUGUGUGUGUGUGUGUGUGUGUGUGUGUGUGUGUGUGUGUGUGUGUGUGUGUGUGUGUGUGUGUGUGUGUGUGUGUGUGUGUGUGUGUGUGUGUGUGUGUGUGUGUGUUGGCCAAUCAGAGGCAAUGGGUUUGAACUCUGGGCAGUCUCACCUCUGGGCGGCGGUGGGGGGAGUGACAGGGGCUCGUAAAACGCUGCGACACGCCAGCGGCGAGACGGGGGCAGACGCUGCCGCCACACAAACACAUAAACACACGCUGAUUUGCUUACACACUCCUGCUGUGUUUGUGGAGCGCACACACACACACACACGCACAUGCAUACGGACGCUCGCCUCGCACGCAAGCACACACACGGGCGUACACACACACGCACACACACACACACACACGCACACACACACACACACACACACACACACACACACACACACACACACGCAAUCACAAACGCAAUCACACAUACACGCACACACACACACACACACACACAUACACAAAUACACACAUACAUACAUAAGAAAGCUUUUUUUAUUCCUGUUCUCCCAUAAAGAUGAUCUCACACCCAGUCAGAAGCUUGCUUGCAUGUAUAAACACUCAAACAAUCACAAACACACAAUAUAUACUCUUCUCAUAAAAAGUAUGUAACUAAGAGUCAGAAGAGGCACAUAAAUACAUACACAAACACACACACACACACACACACACGCGCACACACACACGCACACACACACACACACACACACACACACACACACACACACACACACACACACACACACACACACACACA